AUGAAUCUUUCAUUGUUUUAUGACAUAGUUUAUAAGUUGUGUGAUGGAGACCAUCUAGCUAACACUAAUGGAGAGGGACAUGUUGCUGCCAAUAAUGGAGAAGACGAGCAAGUUGAGGUCGUGAAUGCUAAUGGAGGAUCUAAAGAUGCUGCUUUAAAGAAUAAUCCUUACAUUCGUGAUCCACUUUCAAACAUUGUUGGACCAAUGACUCGUGCUAGACGCAAGAGGAUGAAUGAAUCACUUAAUAGUCUAAUUGUUACUACAUGGGCUAAGGAGGAAAUUAAGCUUGAAGAUUACAAGCCCAAGACUAUUAAUUUGCUGCAAGUAACACCAAUGGACAUGGCCCAUUUGGAGAGAAGAAUUUCGGCCCUCAAUCCUCAAAGGGACCGCCGGCCACAUCUCCUCAUGUUGGUCGAAUUGCUCCCUAAAGUUUAGGGGUGAGAUCAUUCAAAUUUUAUCUCUUUGAAAGAGAAGACUUUUAUCUCUUUAAA